CUUCGCGGAGAGCCCGACCCCACUCACCGGCCGGCAGACAAGACAAGCUGGGCUGGACUGCCGUUGCUUAGGCUGACUUGACAUCCCACGUCAACCUUCCAGAUUCCGUCAGCUCACCUCAUCCGACGUAUCCAAGUGACGGACCGUGAACGGACUUUGACCUCCACUGCGAGCCUCCUGCUUAGGUUUACGACAGUGCGACUCACCUCUCCCUCCCCCCGGCUUGGAACAGGCCGGAUACUCCGUCCCGGCGUCACCAGGUACUCACCUUGCCGUGCGUCCCGUCAACUCACCGACGCCCCCUUUCGACUGAACCCCUAGUCGAGGUUCCAGCACGACCUGUCGCAUCGCCUAGAGCUGUCCGUGGGCCUUACUCCAACUCAAGAAAUUUCCACUCGGCCUUCUCCAACUCAGCCAAAACUGGGCACGGAAAACGACCAUCAACAGGGAAAAAAAGAAAUUACCAAUUCCUGGGAUCGGGUCUGGCUUCCGUCUUCUCCCACCCUCCACACCAAGCCCCCGGUUCAACUACGACCCCCAGUCUCCCGAGCCCCACGCCGCACACCCUGCCACACACACACACACCCUCUUAGACCCCCAAUUUGGGUAGGAUACGGGUUGGUCUUCCUUCUCCUAGAGACCGUGAAGGUACAUCACACAACUGCAUUUCGAUUCGAACCUUGGGGUUCCUCGCGCAAACGUUCUCGCACACUCAUCCGCGCGCCCCCUUGCUCCCGCCAUCCAGUCUUCAGAGUGCGCCAUCCCAUCCCGAUUCUCGUUCCUCGUCUGCCCGUCUCCCGCCCCCAGCCUUCCCCAAAGUACCCGGUACCUCGGAGCCUGACCUUGCUGCCAUCCCUCCUUCUUGAAACCGCGUUGAAACCCCCCUUCUCCCUAUCAUUCCCAGAUACUCCGUCCACAUGGGUAUAAGUCGAGGUACCUGGCUGGGCACGCCUCCAUCGCGAACCCGACCUGUUCACAAGGUUUUAAACCGACUUUUCCUCGUCCGCGGUCCAGUUGCAGGGAACACGACGCACUUCUCCUCUGUUGGUCCAUCCAAUGCGACUAUUGCUGCUCCACGCUUUCACCACACUCUAAAUUACUCUCCUGCGCCUUCCCCGAAGUCCGCUCCUUCGAGUCCUACUCCUCAUCAACGACUAACAACAAGUCCCGGCCGGUCCCAUUACACCACCACUAUCCGUACUCCUCACGCUCGUCUGCUUCGCCUCGGAGCUCCAACGACUACUAAUUGCCUCGUCCCGUCGCCCACUCUCGCCUCCUCUUUCUUCUCCGCACAUCUCCCACCGACACAUGCGCCGGUAAUGUCAAUGGCGUCGUAUCCCUUCAGUUCAGCCAGCUCCUCAGACAUCUCUACGCCCCGGUCCGCCUCACCGUCGCCAUCGUCCGUCGCUUCUGUCCGCUCUUCUCGCUCUUCUAUAUCUAACAAGCGCAUGUCCAUGUCCAGUCGCAGGAUGACUGACUUCAAUCCCAUGUCUUCUGUUGAUAUCAACGCCAUUGAGGAGAAGAUGAGAAUGGCCUCCCUUGAUCAGCACCGUGGAUACUCCCAGAACACCUUUGGCGAGGUCCAACAAUACCGUACCACCGAGUACGUGCCCAAGACCCAGGCCACCGCCUACCAGAUCCUGCGGGAGCCCCUCUGGAACAAAGGCCUGUCUUUCACCCCCGAAGAGCGCGUCACCAGGAAUCUCACCGGCCUCAUCCCCCACACCAUGGAGAGCCUUCAGACGCAGUGCCAGCGGGCCAUGAAGAUGAUCAACACCCGCCAGACCGAUGUCGACAAGUACCUCUACCUGUCGUCGCUCAAGGCCCAAAACUUUGACCUCUUCUACCGCCUGCUAAUGGACAACAUCCGCGAGCUCAUGCCCCUCGUCUACACCCCCACCAUCGGCGACGUCUGCCUGCAGUACUCGACCCUCUACACCCGCCCCGAGGCCCUGUACAUUUCGAUUAAGCAGCGAAAGUCCAUCCGCACUAUGCUCCGCAACUGGCCCUACCCCAACCCCCAGAUCUGUGUCGUCACGGACGGCUCCCGUAUUUUGGGUCUCGGCGACCUCGGCGUCAACGGUGUUGGUAUCUCGAUCGGCAAGCUUGCACUGUACACCGGCGCCGCCGGCAUCCACCCCGAGAACACUCUGCCCAUUGUCCUCGACACCGGCACCAACAACGAGACCAAUCUGAAGGAUCCCUUUUACCUUGGCAUCCGUUCCAAGCGCGUGUCCGUGGCGGAGCAGCAGGCGUUCAUGGACGAGUUCAUGGAGGCCGCCACCGAGGUCUACCCUAACAUGACGGUCCAGUUCGAGGAUUUUGAGUCCGAGAAGGCCUUCAACUACCUCGACCGCUACCGCAACAAGUACCGCUGCUUUAACGACGACAUUCAAGGCACUGGCGCCGUCGUCCUCGCCGGGUACAUUAACGCCGUCGAGCUCUCGGGUGUUCCUCUCGAGGAGCAACGCCUCGUCUUCAUGGGCGCCGGCUCCGCCGGUGUCGGUGUCGCCAAGCAGCUCGUCGAGUACUACACCAAGCGCGGCCUCAGCGAGCAGGUGGCCAGGGACAAGUUCUGGCUUGUCGACACCAAGGGCCUCGUCACAAAGGACCGCGGCGACAAGCUCGCCGAACACAAGAAGUACUUUGCCCGUACCGACAACAAUGGCCACCAGUUCCGCACGCUCGAGGAGGUGAUCGAGUACGUCAAGCCCACUGCGCUUGUCGGCCUCACCGCCACCUUCGGCGUCUUCACCGAGUCCGUUGUCCGCGCCCUCAAGGCCUCUGUCGACUCUGGUGGUCUCGGCCGCCGCCCUAUCCUCUUCCCUCUCAGCAACCCUCUCACCAAGGCCGAGUGCACCUUCGAGCAGGCCGUGCAGUGGACCGACGGCACCGCAAUCUUCGCCUCGGGAUCACCCUUCUCCCCCUUUACCAUGAAGACCCCCGAUGGCCAGGCCAUCACCUACCACCCCAACCAGGGCAACAACGUUUACGUCUUCCCUGGACUGGGUCUCGGCGCCAUCCUCGCCAAGGCCUCCAAGGUCACGGACGACAUGGUCUACACCUCGGCCGCCGCCCUCGCCGCGUCCCUCAACGCCGACGAGAUCCACAAGGGUCUCAUCUACCCCCGCAUUGAGCGUGUGCGUGACGCAAGCAUCAUCGUCGCCCGCGAGGUGAUGAAGUCGGCCCGCCGCGACGGCGUCUCCACGUUGCCCGAGUCUCAGUGGGUUGAGUGGGAGGAGUGGGGUGACGUUGCCCUCGACGCCUGGAUCAAGGAGCGCAUCUACGACCCCAUCAGCUUCUCCGAGAAGAGCCGUAUCUAGAAUGUGUUCGAAGGACAGAUUGAGUUGGAUGUACGGACCAAAAGGCCUGGACAAGGUAUACCUGAGAUGUUCUCAGCGGGUUUGGUUUUCGGCGUUGGGGUAGGCAUCAGGGGCCUUGCUUUCAUGAUCCCGAAAUUUGAGCGAAGGGAUUACAUUUCACCGUCACCAAAAGGACGACAACCCUUUUUACACCAGGACGCCCCCAUGCCACCGUUACCGAGCGCAUGGUCGCGUCGGUCUUUGAUUCCCGGCAUAUCGUUAUCGCUUAGAUGUGGGGGGACGCGUAAUCUAAUGGUUAUGGAAACGCGACAUAGAAAUAGAUUUAUGCCUCCAUUGGUCACGGCGUA